AUGACUCGGCCCAUUCACGUGCGUCUGCAGAACUUCUCUGCCAUGCUGUUUUGUGAUUCUCAGUCAGAGGUGGGCUUUGAGCUCACGGCGAGGGAGCUCGUGGUGGAAAUUGAGCCCGUCUCAAGGGCAGGUGCGGAGCUUCUGAAGGUAGCCAUUGUCACCUUCGCUGGGGUCGCUGUGCAUGCACAUGCCACCAAUGCACAAAAACAAAAAAUUGUGGGAGUGAAUCAUUUCAGUAUUCGCAUCACCUCUGUUUAUAGUUCUAUGGGUGUGCUCCGUCGCAGGAAUACCGCUAUCAUCGUUGACGGUGUCACCUCCGUGUUCCUGGACGAAGGCGCACUGCGGGCUCUCACAAGGUGCGCCUUUAGUCAUCGGCUCAUGAUGGAGGUUCCCGACUACUGCCGUCCGUUUCGUAAACUUCUUCAACUGCCUUCGCGUUGGCCUUACGCCAAAAGUUGUGUCUUGGCCUUCAUACGGGAGAGACGGAGACGGUACAACUUUAAUGCCUCACACCUUCACUUUUAUGCGGAGGCCCGCGCCUCGUAUCUGGCGCUCUUGGAGUACUGCCAUCGCACCCGGGACAUCGCGGAAGAGAGGGAAAGUUUGGCGGAAGUGGAGGCGGAUAUUCGUUACCGUGACGUUGUACAGUUCUUGAGACGCAGGGUGCGAGAGAGGUACUCCUCCACCGCACACAGCAGCGACGCAGGGACGGAGGUGCCGCCGCCAGCACAACACGCAGACGCCGGUGGGCCUGUUAUGCUUUCUUCCCUCCACGUGGAGGCGAAAAUCACGUGUGUGCAUGCUCCUGCUAAAACAACGGUGUGGUUGCGCGAGGUGGCGCUUGUGAGCCGCCACGGUGAGUUCAAUUUUUCAGUUGGGCGUGCCACGGUGGAUGUGGAAGGAACAUCUCAACAAUUACAGGCAUCGGAUGCCGGGCAAUCGUUUUUGUCUUUUCAGCGAAUCGAAAGCAACGGCACGGUCUUUUUUAGGACUAAACUUGAAGAGUUGAGUUUUACAGCCACGUCUGCGUGGGCUCUGCAGGUUGUGCAGCCCUUUAUGGUCGCUGCACCGGACUUUCUGCUGACCAUACCACACUCUUGUGACGAUUCAUCAGCGGCGCCAGCGUCUCCUACGUGGCGUGAGUGCACAACGAGUGUUAUUUUUCCUCUGGUGCAUAUUUGUCUGGACGACUUACAGUUCCACCUGGAGAGGUUGUCUCUGACGUUUGUUGAGCGAAAAUCCGGUGCUUCACGUGUGGGUUUUUUGCUGAAGGAAUUACAUGUGCGUUUUGGGGAAGAAACAGUUGUGCUGUCGCCCAUGAAGCUUGAAAUGACGCAAGAAGAUGACAUUGUGGUCUCUGCAGUGAGGUUGAAUGUUUCGAAUGGGCUGUGGGAAUAUUUAUACCGCCUUCGACGUGGGUGGAGCGAGGCCCUUUUGCAGCUACAUAAAAUAUCGGCCUCUGCAGCAAGGGUGGAAGCUACACAGGGCCGCACACCGACGAGGAGGUCCCUUGCGGGUGUGUGUGGUGUGACCCCAUUAAAGAAGGGGUGCCAUUUCGUGCCAAACUCACAACGCGUGUGUCUUUUGGGUGCCGAAUUCACUUUUGAGCCACUGAGGCUCACCCUGCAGCUAGGACGUGCGGAUAUCUGGUACGCGGUGGAAAAGGAUGGUUUCUCCUCAUUGUGCGCCGGUGUGUCUUCAUUUGUCUUUACAACCGAUUAUGUUGAUGGAGGUGUGUUGACGGCGUUACUUCCUCACGGUAUUCAAGUUUCGACACGAAGUCAAGCAAAUGGUGCAGUGAGCGUCGCCGUAUCUGUGGGAGAGCUAGAAGUAUCAUGGAGGGCGUCUACUAUGCAACCGUUGCUUCAUGUUGUCGGUGCGCAGGCCAAUGUCGGUGGAGAUGCCAUGUGCGGCUCGGCCCAAGAAUUUCAACUUUUGGGAGCCGCGACAUUUGCCCCAAUAAAUGUCGUUUACCGCCGCGAGUUACGUUCCAUUCCAGCCACCACGCGACCUUAUUUGGCGUCGUCUCUGCAGGUCUUUAUGUGUCUUGCGGGGGUCUGCAUGGACCGACUCGCCUUUCUGGAAUUGGACUUGUUAGGAACUUUGCUGGAUGGUUACGCCACAUUUGUUGUGGACAAAGUUGUUUCUAUCAAGGCAUAUCGACUAUUUUUCAGUGGGUUCAGCAAUAUCGCCUUUUCCGUGUCAGCCUCGUCCUGCCCGGUAACGUUGACCGGAACAGAGGCGGUAAUGUGCCGAAUUAGCAUGCCCCCGGUGACUACAACGAGUAUGGGCACCUCCCUGCGGAGUUUUGGAGAACUUCUUCCGGAAUUGCGUGAAACAUCGCCAUUGACGUUGGUCAACACCUGUGAAAAGCUCUUGGCGACGAUAAAUGUCCCCUGCCUCGAGGUGGAAGUCUUUCACUGCCGUUUCGCCUCCAUUCGACUGCGUGGAAAUGUUUGCUCCUUCACGGCCACGCUGCCAAUCGCGGUCGAAGAGUUUUGGGAUGACGAUGUGCGCAUGAUGGAACGGCCCUCCGUUGAACUUGUUGUUCCCUCAAUUAAAUUAAACGCGGCUGACGUCAUCCGGCUGGAGCUGGAGGGAGUCGCAUACACCAAGCAUUCCGUUUCCUCGCUUGGGGAAAGCGGCGGCGCAUUCAGCGACUAUGAGGCGGAUAGUGACACACCAUCUGCAAUUUGCGAGGCAACGGCGCAUGCAGAGGUAAAGGCUUGGAACAUGCAUCUCAACGGCCUUCCUGAGGCUGCCAUCGUUAGGGACAUGCUGGGGCUGUGGCAGGAGCUUGGGUUCAUGGUGAACUCGCUUUCUAGGCGGAAGGUGGUUACGUGCGAUUUGAUGCGCGGUGAGCAGCACGACCUGAGCCGAACCGGGCCUUGGUUCUUUGACGCUCCAGGUAAGGUUGUUUUGGUGGAAACCUGCACUUUUGUUUCGCGUGCUUCAGGAACGCAGAUGGUAGUUUGCAGCGGGACCCACGUGUACUUUCGGCAUUGUCAAUUUUCUCCUUGCUUUCUGCAGGCCAUUGCGGCUCAGGACGAAAGUGCCUCAUUUGUGUGUGACAGCUGCGUUGAGGUUGCGUUGGGCAGUGACACGACUAGCGUGACCGCCGUGCGUGCAGAGGCAGAGAAGGAAAUGUUACAAAAAACUUUAGUCACACUGCAUCGUAGUGUCGCAUGCAUGACGCUGCCUGGUAGGCGCACACUUGCCUUGAGUCUCUCGACGGUGGAACUGCGGUUAGUGAAGUGUCUCAGGAAAACGGUGUGCCAGAUGCGCGUGCAACGAGGACGCCUUGGCAUCUCUGAAGAGGGGACCACACAUGGCCUGAUUUCCCGUAUGGAUUUGGAUGUGGACUGGUCUCACGGACAUAAGGAUGACUAUGCAACGCUGAGCUCAGCUGUACGAAUAGAUGGCGUCAGUAUACCCAUUUCGCUUUUGUUUGCGGCGCGCAGCCUGCAAAGAGUGUGGAGUUGCAAACCGCCAGUCUCCGGGACUCCAAUGCGAUACUACUCAAUACCCUUGAGCCCACGCAGAUUUCCGUUUGCCAAAUGGAAGGUGAUUUUGACGACCUCCGUUAUUCCUGUUGUAUUGUGCCUGCCAGGUGGGGCUCCAUUUAUGCAUUUUGUUUUAGCUGCAACUUCCCUGUUGUCCAGAGGGGAAGUGGCAGGGGAGGCCUUUGUGGAGGCGCGGUUAGGGAUACAGCAAAUCUCCCUGUGGGAGUUCUCAUCCCAGGCGCAGGUUCCGCUGUUAAGAGAUGUGCUCACCGUGAUGGUCGUUGCCCGAACACACGACCUUUCUGCUGCGUCAUGUGACGUGUCUGUCUCCCCGUGUGAACUUUAUCUCUCCAGCGAGCAAAUCAAAGGCGCGGCGUCGCUUUUGGCAUUUAUUCAGAGCAACGCUGACGAUGCUGCGGAGACUGCGGCGCAUGCAAUGGAGCUGGUGAACCGACUCGGGGUGGAGGUGAUUCUGCAGGGCGCUACGCAACAGCUUUGCCUUGGAGACUGUCUGACUUUUGAAAAGAAAACGUUGCCGUUUCCGGAUUGUCUCAGACUGGUGGGCGGAAAACACGCGUGGAUCGUUUUGAGAGAGGGGUAG